CGCUCCCCUGCCCACUUCGCGUCGCGUGCCGCCCUCCCCCGGGUCUCAGCCGUCCCAGCCCCCAGCCUAGUCCCUCGAGCCCCGCUCUCUCCGGCCGCCCCAGAGGGUGGGGAUGGGGCUGGAGAUGGGAAUGGGGAGGGAGGGGCGCCCGGCCCCGGCCCGCGCAUGCGCCUUCCCAUCCCCGGCUGGAGGGUGUGGGGGACGGUCGCCUGUCAGUGGAGCUCUAGCAGCUCGUGCGCUGACGCCGGUAGCUCCGGAGCGGCCGCGCCACGAGGGGACCGUGGAAGCUUCCCAGCUUCUCUCCAGCCACGGGGCGGAGUGGGGGUCGGGGCCGGGGCCGGAGGAGGCCCCCCCUCCGUCCCCGUCCCCCUCCCCGUCCUCGUCCCCGUCCUCGUCCCGGUCUCCAUCCCCUUCCCCACCCCCUGGAUCCCCCCCUUCAUGGGCCGCCAUCAUGGCGGCUCUGUACCAGAGCUCGGACCUCUCGGGCUCCUCUGCGUCCUCCUCCCCGUCCAAGCUCCUGGCGCUGAAGGACGUGCGGGAGGUGAAGGAGGACACCACGCUGGACGAGAAGCUCUUCCUGCUGGCCUGCGACAAGGGUGACUAUUAUAUGGUUAAAAAGCUCUUGGAGGAAAACAGUGCAGGUGACAUGAACAUAAAUUGCGUAGAUGUGCUUGGGAGGAAUGCCGUUACCAUAACUAUUGAAAACGAAAACUUGGAUAUUCUACAGCUUCUUUUGGACUACGGUUGUCAGUCCACAGAUGCACUUUUGGUGGCUAUCGACUCUGAAGUAGUGGGAGCUGUUGAUAUACUACUUAAUCAUCGACCAAAACGAUCAUCAAGACCAAGUAUAGUAAAACUAAUGGAGCGAAUUCAGAACCCUGAGUAUUCAACAACUAUGGAUGUUGCUCCAGUCAUUUUAGCUGCUCAUCGUAACAACUAUGAAAUUCUUACCAUGCUUUUAAAACAGGAUGUAUCUCUACCCAAACCUCAUGCAGUGGGCUGUGAAUGUACACUAUGCUCUGCAAAAAACAAGAAGGACAGUCUAAGACAUUCCAGGUUUCGACUUGAUAUCUAUCGUUGCUUAGCCAGUCCAGCCCUAAUUAUGUUAACAGAAGAAGAUCCAAUUCUAAGAGCAUUUGAACUUAGUGCAGACUUAAAAGAGCUCAGUCUUGUGGAGGUGGAAUUCAGGAAUGAUUAUGAAGAACUAGCUCAGCAAUGUAAAACGUUUGCCAAAGAUUUGCUUGCCCAGGCACGGAAUUCACGGGAGCUGGAAGUCAUCCUAAACCAUACAUCUAGUGAUGAGCCUUUGGAUAAACGGGGAUUGUUGGAAGAAAGAAUGAAUUUAAGUCGUUUAAAACUUGCUAUCAAAUACAACCAAAAAGAGUUUGUCUCUCAGUCUAACUGUCAGCAGUUCCUAAACACGGUUUGGUUUGGACAGAUGGCAGGUUACCGGCGUAAACACACCUGUAAGAAGAUCUUGACAGUUCUGACCGUUGGCAUCUUUUGGCCAGUUCUGUCGCUCUGUUAUUUGAUAGCUCCUAAAUCUCAAGUGGGGCGGAUAAUCCACACACCCUUUAUGAAGUUUAUCAUUCAUGGAGCUUCAUAUUUUACAUUUUUGUUGUUGCUUAACUUAUACUCCUUGGUGUACAAUGAGGAUAAGAAAAAUACCAUGGGGCCAGCCCUUGAAAGGAUAGACUAUCUUCUUAUUAUAUGGCUGAUUGGAAUGGUGUGGUCAGAUGUUAAAAGACUCUGGUAUGAUGGAUUGGAAGACUUUUUAGAAGAAUCUCGUAAUCAACUGAGUUUUGUCAUGAAUUCCCUUUAUUUGGCAACCUUUGCCCUCAAAGUUGUUGCUCAUAACAAGUUUCAUGAUUCAGCUGAUCGAAAGGAUUGGGAUGCAUUUCAUCCUACGUUAGUGGCAGAAGGUCUUUUUGCUUUUGCCAAUGUUCUGAGUUACCUCCGCCUCUUUUUUAUGUAUACAACAAGCUCCAUCUUGGGACCAUUACAGAUUUCGAUGGGACAAAUGUUACAAGACUUUGGAAAAUUUCUUGGGAUGUUCCUUCUUGUCUUGUUUUCCUUCACAAUUGGACUGACCCAACUAUAUGACAAAGGCUAUACAGCAUCUCAGGAACAGAAGGAUUGUGCAGGAAUCUUCUGUGAACAACAAAGCAAUGACACAUUCCAUUCGUUCAUUGGCACUUGCUUUGCCUUGUUCUGGUAUAUUUUUUCUUUAGCACAUGUAGCAAUCUUUGUCACAAGAUUUAGCUACGGUGAAGAAUUGCAGUCUUUUGUUGGAGCUGUUAUCGUUGGUACCUACAAUGUCGUGGUUGUUAUCGUUCUUACCAAAUUGUUAGUGGCUAUGCUACAUAAAAGCUUUCAGCUGAUAGCAAACCAUGAGGACAAAGAAUGGAAAUUUGCCCGUGCUAAGUUGUGGCUUAGCUACUUUGAUGACAAAUGUACUCUACCUCCACCUUUCAAUAUUAUUCCUUCUCCCAAGACCAUUUGCUAUCUACUAAGCAGCCUCAGUAAGUGGAUUUGCUCUCAUACAUCAAAGGGCAAGGUCAAACGGCAAAACAGCUUAAAGGAAUGGAGAAACCUGAAACAAAAAAGAGAUGAAAACUACCAAAAAGUGAUGUGUUGCUUAGUCCAUCGUUAUUUAACCUCCAUGAGACAGAAGAUGCAAAGCACAGACCAGGCAACUGUAGAAAAUCUCAAUGAACUACGCCAAGAUCUCUCAAAAUUCCGAAAUGAAAUAAGGGAUUUACUUGGCUUUCGGACUUCUAAAUAUGCUAUGUUUUACCCAAGAAAUUAACUUAUUUCAAGGCCAUGGAUAUUUACAUAAUUUGCAACUAAAUUUAUUAAGAUAUGGGUUGGAAUGUAGAAAUAAUGUCAAAGCCAUUCUUUAAAGACUCAUAGGUUAAUUAUGUAUGUUAUAUAAAAUGUGUAUAUAGUUUAAAAAAUCCACUGAACAUAAAUUUUAGUGGAAAUAAUUUAGCAGACAGAAUUUUCUAGCUUUUUGCUUUACUUUCUCAUCUUUUUGGGAGGGGGGGAUAGUUGUGACCACAUUUGUUGUUCAAAAGCUAUAUCAAAUAUUUAAAAGUAAAUGUGGAUUGACCUUACUCCGUGAGAUACAUAUGGAAUGUAGAAUUAGUGGUUUUAAGAAUGUAAAACGUUAGCAUGAUAUAGCUGAGUUUUGCAUUCAUUUUUUAGUAAUCCAACUUUAUUUGUGUUAUUACAGUCUUUUUCUUUAAUCUGGAAAAAGUUCUCAGAACUUUAAAAACAAACCAAAAAUAAGAGUUUAGAAUGGUUUUCUUUGUGGUUACAGUAUAAUUUUUGUUUCUGUGAACGUUGAAGAGAAUCUUGUUUUCCAACCAUAUUUAUUGCAGAGGCUUAUUUUACUUUUAAACUACCUUUGAUUUAUUGUGUUAAGUAUCAAAAUAUUUUAUGCAGUUUAACAUAGCUUCUAUAAGUAUGACUUUGUGAUUAUUUGUAUAUGAUUCUUCCUGCUUACAAUGGAAAGUGUUCUUUUCUUUUUUUUGCUGAAGGGUAUAUUUGAUUAUUUUGUGCUUUGUAGGGAAUAUGAUUAAAUUUUUUUGAAAAUCUGUUGUACUCCUGCCAUAGAAUUGAAAGGUAGGAUUUCCGUUAAGUGGAAGUUAAGCAUAAUCUUCUCACUUGAAUGUUAGCUAGUCUUAUGGACAUAGGGUGCAGGUAGCCCUAGUUCUAUAAGCAUUAUUGAUCCAGGGAUCAUAAAAUAGAUGUUUUAGGUAUAAUAUGUUUCUUCCUUUUUUCUUUUUUAAUGGAAUUACCAAACUGUAAGUGCUCCCUCUUUGGGGUGAAUUCUUAUAAAAUAUUUAUUGUAAAAUUAUAUAUUUUGUCUACUAUAAAAUUAUGCACAUCCCAUUUGGGAUUUAACAUCAGGAUUUUCAUUCAUUCUAAAAAUAAUACCUGGUUUAAAAAAAAGAUACUUAUUGAGCACCUAGUGUGUGCAUGAAUUACUUAUGGGGGUAUAUUUUGAAUGAUAGCAUUGUAAGAAAAAAUAAUAAAAUUUGACUUUGGAUUAUAUAUUGGCAUAAUGUUUAUCAGUUGUAUUAAAAUAUAUUUGAAGAGCAGAAAAAUAAAACUAAUGAAAAAGAUAAUACCUUGAUUAAAUUAAAUACCAUAAUGAAAAAUGAAGUUAGUACAUAACUAUUUAAUAUAUAAAACCACUGGCCAAAUUUGACCCAAAUUUAAUAUUGAAGUCAAGUGGUUAAUAGUUAGUUAUUGACUCUUUGUCUGGCAUCUAUCUCAGAAAUUAGCCUUCUGGUUGGGAAAGUUGCUAUUUCAUGGGUUUCAGGCUAAGAACCACUUCCGCUUCCCCAGUACACAUACAUAAAGUGUGUUUGCCAGCUUUACCUUGCUCUUUUCUAUUUUUAUGGACAGUUUUAGACCCAUCAUCUUGUGUUCCUCAGCAUUUUCUCAAUCUGAUGACAUGGUAGACCUUUUUUUUUUCUAGAAAUAUGACCAUAUAUGUGGGUUAAUAUCGAAAAAAACCCUGACAUUUAUUUAUAUAGUGCUGUACGGUUGGCAAAGUUCAUUCUUGACACCAUCUUUUGAGUUAGGGUAGGGGUAUAAUCUCAAUUUUAUAGAUUCAACAUUUCUUAAGUGCCUACUAUGUACAAGGCACUGUGCUAAGUACUUAGUAUACAAAUUAAAUAGAUGAGGAAAUAGCCUCAGAGAGGUUGAGAGGCUUGUCCAAAAUCACAUGGCCAAAUAGGGGUGGAGGCAUGCUUUGAAUUCAGGUUUUCUGUCUCAAAAUCCAGUAUCUUUCCACAAUGCUAUGCUGCCUUUCCAAAAUAAUUUGGAUAAUUUUAGCAUUAAGAUCUUCUAGACUCUAAAUUAUAACAUGGGUUCUACUUAUUCUCUCAAGAUAAUAAGAUAGGGUUUCUUCUUCUCCUUAUUAUUUAGACUCUUCUAAAUUUGGACUGAAUCAUCAAUCAUUUUUCCCCUUAUUUUGAAAUGGUAAUGUCUUGCAAGACCUCUUCUCACAUGGUUAGUUCCUAGAGGAAAAAGUUUCCCCAAAUUGUAUAUAGCUUUAUAGUAGUAUCUGAUAUUAUAUUAUAUCUGAUGUAAUGAAUUAACAUCAUACCCUAAAGAUAACCAUGCUUCCAUUACUGGCCCAUAGUUUUUGAUCACAGAGCAUGAAUUACAUGUUAAAAUUUUAAGCAAAAAGCCUUCCUUAAAAAUGCCUUAAAUCUUAACUGUUUGAUUGAUGUGCUUACUACUGACAUCCCCAUCAGCAUUGUUAUUAUCUCAAAUAAUUCUACAAAUUGAAAUAUAUAUUCAUCCUAUUGAAUAAGCUCUGUUCUAGCCAAACUGGGUAAUUAUGUCAGUUGUUCCUUGAAAUUGACAUUCUAUCUCCCUCUCUGUCUACCUGCUAUCUUUCAUGUCUGGAAUGCCUGGGUUUGGUUUUGGGGGGGGAGGUUUUGCCUCUUAGAAUGCUUGUCUUCUGGGGUCCACCCAGGCGCCAUUUCCUCUACAAAGUUUUCUCUUAUUCCUCCACUUGCUAGCGCCCUGUCCUUUCUCACAUUACCCUGUAUUGUGCUUCAUUUUGUACAUAUACCUUUAAAAGAAUGUAAGCUCCUUGGGGGGCAGAUUGUCUUACUUCUCUCUUUGUAUUUCACAUUCCAAGCACAGUGCCUUGCACAGAGCAGGCACUUAAUAAACACUUGCUAAAUUGAA